AUGAGGCCCAUCUCCUGGCCACGGUUAGCCAAGAAACGUGCCGGCGAUGGCGACCGACGAUUAUCGCUGCCGGAUAAAUCGCUUCUUCUCGAACAGAUGGAGGCUUUUCAAAAGUCAAUUUGCGCCCAGAUAUUGCCUCUUGUUAACCGAGCAUGUUUUGAGUACACUAUCCGAGCGGCCUACGAAAAGGAAUUGUCAGCCAUCUCGCCUGGGCUUUCCAGCGCCAGGGUAUGCAUAUUUGCCUUUAUGGCCCUGAGUUCAUUCUUCGCCGGUCAACCGCAUCUCGACAAAAUCGUGACUGCCGAUGAAUAUGCCCGCGAGGCCCAAGAUCUAUUACCAGAGAUGCUCAACGAGUCCGUGACAUUGGACGGGUUGCAGGCACUGACCAUGCUAGCCACAUCUGGAGAUAUGCUCAGUAUAGAGCUUAUGUUGUCCACGGCCACACGCUUCGUCUUCCACCUCCAAGGCAACGUCUACCCCGAGGAUAUAGAGGAUGAUCCUCUGCGUGCAAAAAUGCAAGUGAGGAAUCUUUUCUGGAUCUGUUUCAUCCUCGACAAGAUCUUCAGCUUACGCACAGGCCUUCAACCCUUUGUUGACGUUAUGAAUUGCGAUCUAACGCUUCCUCGAAUGCAGUCGGUGAAUAGCCAGCUGGAAAGCUUGCAGCCUUUCUACCCUCAACACAACCACACUAUGUUUCUCACCCUUAUUCGCCUGUGUCUAAUCCAGUCGAAGAUCUAUCAUGGCCUAUACUCCUUCUCCGCCCAACGCCAAAGCGAUGCGGAUCUGCUAGCUACGAUCCGCAGCCUGGACAUCGCGCUGGACGAAUGGCGGUCUUCGGUGCCCACGUUCACGGGCCUAUCUAUACACAACGAGAAUCGUAUGGCCGACUUCCUUUUUGAAAUGCAGUACCACUACUGCAUGGCUGCCAUCCACCAGACAAGCAGCCGGUGUACUGCCUGGGUUCGGAACCAGGACACCCGCGCGGCGGGCUCGAGUCUUGCCCUCAGCGUAGCAGCCAGUCGGUCUGUGUUACGAAAGUUCCUGGAAUCGGAUCCACAGCGCGAGGGACAGUUUCUCUUGUUUUGCUUACCAGAGCUUUCCACAUCUGCCAUCCACCUUUUCUCGAAUAUCCUGAUGAGUCCUCUGGAGGAUCGAAGCGAUACUGACUUAUCGUUGAUGAGAGUAGUACUUGAACAUAUUAGGAAGCACAUAAGGGGGCAGACCACAACCACAUUUAUCGCCCAGGUCCGUCUUGUGGAAGAGUUUAUGGGCGACCUAUAUCAUCUGGGUGAGAAGGCAAUCCUCAAGGCCCGACGGGAAAACCUGCCGGAGUUUGGCAAUGUCCGUCGAAGCUUAACUACUCCCACAACGGGGGGCAACCCGCCUUCGCAGCCUCCAAGGCCGAGUGGAAGUUCCUCCAGCUCCACCACGGGUACAUGUCCGCAGCGACGAACAACACCGACGUUGCGCCGACGAUCGCCAGUCGUCGAGAAGCACGGCGGCGUCGUCCUCAACGGCCACGACCACUGUCUCGCGCACUUCUACAACAAUAACACGAACUUCAUCCUAGCCGGCGGAGCGGGAUACCCCGAGGUUGGAGACUGUAACUACGGAGUCCAUCUGGGCCCGUACACCAAGUGGCUGGGUGCGAACUCGCAGUCUGCGGCCAAUGGCUUCGUCACGAUGGACAUCACCCGCGAGGAGGUCAACGUCGAGUACUAUGCCCGCGAUAUGAAGUUUGAUGGAGGGGAUCUCUACCCCGUCAAGAAUGAUAUGACUCCUUCGUAUUCGUUCAAGAUCAAGACCCAUGCUCGUUGA